AUGGAACAUCAUGGUGGGCUGUUUACGGACAUUUCAAACAGUUUCCCGGGCGCCAGCGCUCUGCCGAGCACGAAUGUGAAAUAUCACCUUCACAACCCACCCCAGAUCCCUCCGCAGCCCCCUCCGCCGCCGGGGCCACCCUUAGGGACGCCCACCCGGCAUCAGUACCACCAGUAUCACCAUCCCCAUCCCCAGCAGCAGCAGCAGCAGCAUCAGCAGCUGAGUGCGCAUCAUACGCAGCACAGUAGCUCCGGUUCAUCGCAGUCACAACAGUCGGUUGUGGUGGGAUCGUACGGCCAGCAGACGAUCGUGCACCAGCAGUCGCCAGGAAUUAUUCACCAGAGUCAUGUUGUCCAGCAGCAGCAGCAACAACAGUCGGAACAAGCGACAACUCAAACGCAACACCAACAACAUCACCUCGAAUCAUUACACUCGACGAUAAACGGUGGAAGCACCCUGUUUACGGACCCGCACGCAGUUGGACUGUUCGGUGAUCCGGCCAGCGGAGGUCAGAGCAGCAACAACGGGAGCAGCAACACUACCAGCAACACCACCAGCAGUAGUAGUAGCAGCAGCUACAGCUCCAGCAUCACCAACAGUUCGCGCAAGUUCGAAACCAAUACCGGUGACAGUAUCACCUACAACAUCAACAACAUCAACACGAACAUCGUGAACAACAUAAGCGGCGGUCAGGGAGCUCCUCCGGCGAUCGCAGCGAUCUCGAAUGGUGCUGGCGGGACGGUCGACUUUCUUGGCGGUGGAGUAACGGCGACGCAGUACGGCACGGGUGCCUCGAUCGCCCCAAACGGCGGGAGUGGUGGUGGUGCUGGUGGGGUGCAAGGUGUCAGCGCUCCAACGAUCAUAAACAUUAGCAAUAACAAUCACAACAUUAUGGCGCCUCCGUAUCCGUACCACGGGCCACCUCAGUAUCAGACGAAAAUGACCGCCGGCGGAGGAGGUGGAGCUGGGUACAAGGAGCUAGGGAAGUAUAAUACCGGAAUGAGCGGGGCGAGUAGUAGUGCCGGAUCGGGUGGAAGUAGCGGAGGAUGGACGGACUAUACGAACACCCAGCAUCACCACGAAGCGUCCGUCAUUGGGAACUUUGAGGCGAAGAACCCAAACAAGUAUCAUCAUGCAACGCCAGGAGCGACCGGAGUUGGAGGACGGGUAGCUGGAGGGUAUCGGUAUGCGUCGGAGUAUGGUCCAGCACAGCAGGGUCAACCAGCCGGUAUGACGGCGCACUAUCCUACCGGUAGUUCUGGAGCUGGGUACGGCUUAUACCAUCCCGAUGGAGUUCAAGCCUCUCCGAUUCAACCACAGUCACAACCUCCGAGUUCUGGUGGAACUCACCCCGGGUACGAUCCGUACAGUCACAUCGUACGCAACAAGUACCCGAGCGGUGGGGGACAACCACCCCACAUGGCCAGUGGAUCCCGGCCGUCAACGAUGGCUUCCCAUCCUGAUCUCAUGUACAACGAACGAUCUCAACGUUACGUCAACAGUUACACCACCGGAGGAGUCUAUAUGCCAUCCACGGGAUCGACAGCUUCAACCGGCGGUUCAGCGGGAACACACGGUACCUACUACACACAGAUGGGCCCUGGCAAAGGCAUGAUGACGCCAGGAAUGGACUACUAUGGCAAUAGCUUUGUGAAGCAGCUGGCCAACCAUCAUCCUCAUCAUGCAGCGCCAAAUCCUUAUGUCCCACCGAACCGCAUGGCGUACGCUGGACAACAGAGUUCCAGCUACCAUCCACACCCUGGCCACCAUCAUGCGGUACCUCAUCCGCACCAUAAGGGUGUCGUCGGAAGUUACGGAUAUGGAAGCUCAAAUGGCUCUGCGACGACAUAUGACGAUCCUUACCAUCAGCGCGCAAUGGGAGGUCGUGUGCCGCUCCCGCAUCCAUACCCAACGGAUCCGCACCACCAACAGCAGACAACGGGUAAUGUGCCUCCGUACGCUGCUCCAUCCGCACCCGGGAGCUACCAUCACCAGAUGCAGACAGGCAUAGGGUACCCGAAUCCAAAGAUAACUUUCAGUAAAAACAUGAACGAUUUCUAUACACCAAACAUGACUCCAAGUGGAGCCACGCAGGGUCAUUAUACGCAAGUCCCACCGGGUGCAACGAUGGGUCACUACGGUGUGAAAUAUUCGGCGCAGCAGAUGGUUCCAUCCCAGAAGGUUAACCCACUCGGGACCGGUGCCACGGGUUUGGGACAACAGCAACCACAACAGCACCAGCAGCAAGUAGCCAAACCAUCGUCAAGCUGUUACUAUGACACACCAAAUCCGGUGAUUGACAUCAAUCAUCCGUUGGUGGAUCUCGAGGAGCAGAUCAACAGUGUGAAGAUCCCCAAGGGUACGGCCACUCCAACUGCGGGCGUUGGAGCACCGAUAUACGAUACGAAUCAUGCACUGAACUACGACUGUCAGCAGAUGUACCUGAAGAAUCGCUACAUGCACUCGAAGCCGAUCCUCGGUCCACUGGUCCCGGCCGGUAACAACGGGUACAGCAACGGACAUCAGCCCAUGGUCGCUGCUGACCAACAUCAUCUUCGUCACCUUGCCCACCAUCAGCAUCACCAUCCGGAAGCUGUUACGGCGUACGGUGGUUACACGACGAUGGAAGAUCUCGGACUAGGUCCUAGGAGUUUUGCAUUGGACGAAAACCUGAAGGAUAAAAGCUUACGCGACUAUCUGACCAGUUGGAGCGAGAUGGAGGAAGAGGAAGGUGCGGUGGGAUCGGCUAAAGCCUCAAAGGAAGCGAACAACAAUCAAACGAACCAUCAGAACUACGAGUCGUGCAAGUACAUGAACCAACAAACAGUGGGUGAACCCGUUGUGGCGUCACCUGUACCAUCAGCCCCUGUAGUACAUCAGGAGUCUACCGGUGAGAUUGUUAGUGCCGCGAUGGACACCCUAGCUACACCGGACGUGCCACCGCAAGUACAACCCCCAGUUCACACGGGGGUGAUCGUCGCAAAUACGCAGAGUGCCGGUAACCUACCGGACAUACUGGCGGACAUCGAGAAACCGGCAAAAUCGGAAGAAACGGGAAAAGAUGGCGAGAAGCUGUACAUUCUCGAAACGUACGAUGUGCCACAGUCGGAACUAAACAAGUACAAACAUCUGAGCGUAAUUAACGAGCUGCCGAAGAACGUAGUUCCGAUCAACGAUAGUGCAGACUCGCUGAAGUUCCUCGAGGAGAUCGAAUCCAACCGGGAGAAGUACUACCAAACGGAGCUGGAAUCGGAGGUAGUUUAUGAGGAAAAGGAAAAGAUAAAAGAGGAGAAGCGGAUAGACGAAGAGCCAGAGCCGUUGGAAUUGGAAUUGGACGAGCAGAAGCCGUCAGUCAUUAAGCAGUCGAAAGAAGAGGAACCGGAUGACAGCAAGGAUACCAUUGUAGAAGGUCGAUCCGAAGCAGAGGAAAAAGUGAUUCAACCGAACGUGGCAGCUAGCGAAUUGCCAGUAGAAAGUCCACCUACGGAGGUUGUCAGUGAAAUGUCUCCAGAAGAAAUGCCACAAGAUCUCUCCAAGCAGGCAUCCGAGAAGGAAUCGGAUAAUAAGAUUCCAGUGGCAGAAGAACCAGUUGUUUCGGGAGAACGAACCAUUGAACCGAUGGAAAUGACGGAAGAAAAAGAGUUGGAGAAAGAGUUGACACCACCAUCAUCGCCCCAACCACAACCCGCACCACCACCACCACCACCUGCAGACGAGGAAGCCUUCAAAGUGCCUCGCUGUUUCCCAAAGUAUCGAAAGCGCCGCUUUUACGAUUACGACAUGCCACGGUUUCCCAAAAUAGCUCGCCGGUCCAGCAUCGAGGAAUUUAUCAAUUGUGAUAUAUCGAAAUUCAAAGUACAAACAUCCAAGCGGAACCCGAAGAGUCUGAAGCGACUUCUGCUGGACACCAUCAACUCGAAGCCGUUCCGUCGCUGGGCCAAGGAGGAAUGGUUUAGGCGCCCGGAAGUGCUGCAGGAGAGCGUGGAAGCCACACCCAGGGAGUCACAAGAGAAGCAGGAGAAACAGUCGUUCGAUGAAGUGGAGCUUCAGCAAGAAAUCGAUCAUCCCGAUACGGAAGAAGAAUCCCCGAUGCCGUCCCAAGACAUGGAACUCGAGGAGCCCGUAGUUUCCACAAACACCGUUGUUAACACCGUUCCAUCGUUGAAGGAUCUUUGCUACGAGCGAGCACUAUCGUCGGAAUUAUUCCUUCAACCAUCCUCGUUGAAAGAUAUUUGUGAAAAGCUCAUUUGCGUCAACAAGCACCUCUACAUCAUCGAAGAAAUGAACCCACCGAGGUUACAGGAUCUGUGCAAGGCGGUUCUCAGCGAGACGAACAUCUUCAUCGAUGUCACCGAAAACGAGGUGUGCAUCAUCGAGGAUGACGAAACGCCCGAUGAAGUGGUGAUGGAAGAGGGAGAGGAGGACGGUGGUCGGGUGUUUAUCGUGGAGGAGGAUCGUGGAUCCAUCGCGGAUCUGCUGCGUGAGAGCAUACAGCUACAGGAGGAGGAUCUGGUAGUGAUGCGAACAGACUCCGGCGAAGAGUGCGAAGAUCAUGAGAUCUUUUUGGCCAACCUUGCCCCAGAGGAACCGUUGGUGGGUGUACGCUCGAUGCUGUCGGACAGUGAGAGCGAUAUAUUCACCCGGGUGGAGGCGGAGAUUGAGAAAAUGAUGCACACCAGUUCUUCGGAGGACGAAGCCGAUGUUCCGGUGGCGUUGGAGCAGGACAAGGGACUGCAAACGGACGAGUCGGAACUGUUCGCGUUUGCAGAGGAUGUUGAGUGUGUACAGUAUGAAGAAGUGAUCCCUUUGGUGGAUAGUGAAAAGAUGGCUGUUGAAAAUGGAGUCAUCAGUUCGCUCCGUUCGAAAUACAUUUCUCGCCCGUCCGAUCAGAUGAAACUUCGGUUGCGGUUGCUUCGCAAGUACCUCAUCUACCAGCGUUACAUACAGCUCCAACAUGGAAUACUCCAACGGUGUACCGUCUCGUGGAGCCAGCUGAUAACCAAACGGAACUUACUGGCAGCUACGGUUAAGCCAUCUCCGGUGCAACAGGACGAGGAUACAAACUGUUCCGUUAGUAGCUCCAGUAGCUCAAGCUCCAGCAGUAGCUCGAGUAGCUCCUCUCACGGAACGUCUUCAUCGUCCAGUUCGUCAUCGUCCUCCAGUGCGUCUUCAACUGGAAGCGAUGUGGAGGAAGAGAACACGAUGGAGCUUGCUCAGGCCCCCGAGAGUGCUUCGGAAGAACUCUCCCAUACAAGUUCGGUUCAGUUUGAAACGAACAACAAUAAGGUACAAAUUGUACCGGAGGAGUUAGAAUUGGAGAUGACUACGUCACGGGAAACGAUGAGGAACUCGGAAGUGUAUGAUGAAUCUCAAUCCGAUAUUGCCAAACCAACACCGAUGUGUGUGGACCAGAGUCCGGAUCGAACCGACGACGGUGGAACCAGCAGUACCGGUAAGGAAAGCAGCCCCAGUAAUACGAGCUCUCCUAGUAGCAGUCCCGCCAGCACCAGUAGUAAUCGCAAUCGAAGCCCUAGUAGUAGUUUCGUGGAACACCGCACGGCCUCGGAGCGACCGCGUUCGGUGAUUGUGUCACCACCGAUUGCCAAGCGCAAGAAGAAGCUUUCCUUCGAGGAGAGCCUGCUCAACAUCGAACAAAUGUACCGGAAGCCCUCCAGCCCGUCGUCCUCAUCCGUGGUGCCCAGGGCGGUGGUGGUUGCCGCCAACAGUCAAGCCCGCCCCAACGUCAUCGUGAACGUCGACAACAAGCGUGAGAUUCCACGGAAGCUGUUUAUUCCUUCGUACAAGAUCUUUGACCAAUCGAUGGACGAGCCUCUAAUGGGUGAACACAACGGUCGCCAUCGAAAGGAUUCUUCCGGCGAGGAUUAUAUCGAACAACCAGGUGCUGACGUCCACAGGCAACCUCCGCUGCGCCGCACAUCGAUCAGUACCGAACCGACGUUUGUGAGCUCGAUCUCUACUGAAGCCGACCGACGUUCGCAAGGUCUGGAACGGAGACGGUCUGCGCUAAUGCGGCGUCGGAGUUGCUGCUGUUCUCCCCUUCGUUCCCCCCGCUCACCACCGUCCGUGUCGAAGGCUUCAACGAGGGUCGCGUCACUCUUGUCACCGGUGCCGUACGUGCGCUUGGAACGGAACGAAUACGUGGAAAAACUCGCGGAAAGCUAUCGCCGUCAAGCGGAGCGACGACGACGGCCAAGAAGCUCGGGCUACAGAGUGAGAUAA